AUGGAUAUUAAUUGUUGUCCGCGUAAUGAUUUUUCAUUUCCAACAAAAAAUAGUACUAAAGAUUUUCUUUCAACAUGGCCAACAACAUUAAAUGGAAAUAUAUCGAAUGAAAAUAUCUUCGAUCAAGAAACAAAACCAUUUCAAGAUUAUAUUCUACGUAAUAGCUCGAAUAUAUUAUCACUUGAACAAUCAACAUCAUCAUCAUCAUCAUCAACAUCAUUAUCAUGUGUUUUACCAUUUCAACAACUUGUUAUUAAUGAUCUUAAUACACAACAUAAUUCAUCAAUAUUACCAUUUACAUUUAAUAAUAAUAAUAAUAAUAGUUUAAAUGAACCAUUACCAUUUAGUACAAAUCAUCAUCAUCAUCAUCAUCAUCAUCAUCAAACAACAAUUAAUGAUGAAAAUGCACGACCACCAUGGUUACUUUCAUUAGCACCUAUAUCACAAAUAUCACCACCACCAUCAUCAUUUUUACAACAAAAUCAACAACAACAAUCAAUUUUACCAAUGAUAUCACCUAUACAAGAUGAUUCAACAGAAAAUAUACGUCAUUGGAUUGGAGAUUUUUCAACUGAACAAAUAAAUACAAAUACAAAUAACAAUAAUAUUAAUAAUAAUAAUAAUAAUAAUAAUAAUAAUAAUAAUAAUAGUUUACAACAAAUACCAUUACUUUCACAAAAAGUUUUUAUUGGUGGUGUACCACGUUUUGCAACUGAAACUGAUAUACAUGCAAAUUUUGAUCGUUUUGGUAUAUUUGAAAUUCAAUGGCCAAAAUUACAUGGUGGUCAUAAAGAACAACAUCGUGAAAAUGGCUUUUUUCAUAUUGUUUUUCAUAAUGCAAAAUCUGUUUGUGCAUUAUUAGAUUGUUGUUCACGUCAUACAAAUAAUAGUGCAUGUCCAGAUUAUUUUAUUCAUUUUGAAACAGCAACUGGUUCAAGAAAAACUGUUGAAGUUAUACCAUGGAAUAUUGGUGAUAAUAAUUAUGCUUUACGACCACCACAACAACUUGAUUCAAAAAAAACAAUAUUUGUUGGUAAUCUUCAUGGUACAAUGACAGCAAGAUAUUUAUGGCGUUUAAUGGAAGAUUUAUUUGGUGGAGCUGUUUAUGCUGGUGUUGAUAUUGAUAAAUAUAAAUAUCCAAUUGGUAGUGGUCGUGUAACAUUUGAUAAUAGUUCAAGUUUUCUUCAUGCUGUUUCAACAGCUUUUGUUGAUGUUCGAACUCCACGUUUUCUUAAACGUCUUCAAAUUGAACCACAUUUACAAUAUCGAUUUUGUUCAUUAUGUAAAACAGCUGCUGGUGAUUUAUUUUGUCGAAAUUUUGCUUGUUUCGAUUAUUUUUGUCAACGUUGUUGGCAAAAAAUUCAUAUUGGUAGUAUGUCAUCACAUAAAGCAGUGACACGUCAUUCAAAAUCUUCACAACCAGUCUUUCAUCCAAUACAACAACAAUCAAUUUCUCAACCAAUUGAUUGUAUUAUAGGUGCAAAUGCAUUUUAA